AUGGCACACAUGACGAACCCGCUGGCGACGCCAGAACAAUUAUUCCAGCGACGCUCCUUCGGCGCCCUCCCGAUGGACCUGCAGGACGCCGUCUUCUUCGCGACCCAAUGCCUGACCCAAGCCGCCGGCAUCCUCCUCGAGCUCCCGCAGUCCAUCACCGCCCAAGCCAAUGUCCUUCUGGCGCGCUACUGGCUUGUCGAGCCCAUGAUGUCGCACGAGUUCAGCGACGUCUCCGCCGCGAUCCUCUACCUCACGGCAAAGUGCUCCGACCUCCCGCGUUCCCCGCGCGACCUCUGUCUCGUUUACACGCACCUCCUCUCCCGCACAAGCAGCACCUUCUUCCGCCCCGCGCACCUACCGCCUCCACCCCCGCCCCUCUCGCCUUCCAACCAACCCCCCACCCAAGCCGACUACGCCGCCUUCCACGCCCGCCUCCUCCCCCUCGAAGCGCACAUCCUCGCCUCCCUGUCCUUCAACACGCACGUCGCCCUGCCGCACCCGCUCGCCGUCACCUACCUGCAGGCGCUCGACUUCUUCGGCCAGCCGCGGCGGGGCCCGCUCGCGCGCCGCGCCCUCGCCUACCUCAACACCGCCCUGCUCUCGCCGCAGCUGCUCUACCUGACCAGCCAGCCGCACGCGCUGGCCGUCGCGGCGCUGUACAACGCCGCGCGCGACGUCGGCGCCAGGAUGCCCGCGUGCGACUGGUGGGAGGUGUUCGAUGUCGAGCGGGAGGAGCUGGGCUUCUUGGUCGUCGGCAUGCGGAGCGUGGACGGGUGGGGGAGGAAGAUCAGGGCGGAGGCCAUUGAGGGGUGGGAGGGGGGCAUGGUGACGAGGGAGGAUGUGGAGAGGGAGUUGCGGAGGAGGGGGAUUGGGGUUGGUGCUGGGAAUGAGAACGGGGGUGGGCUUGGUGAUGCUGAGGAAGAGAUGGCCAGGAGGAUGGAUGAGAAGAUGGCGGCGAUGGAGGCGGGCGCUGCCUAG